GACCAUUAAUUUCAAUGAUUACAGACGUGUUCAAAUGUUGGAACCCCACAUCAGUUGAGGUUUUAAAUAGAAUUUACUUACGGAAAUGACUUAAUACAUCCAUUAAAAAAAACUAGGAUAUGUCUAGGAGUUAUUAAUUACAGAGAUAAUUCUUAUCAGAAAAGAAUAUGGAAAUUCCGUUUGGAAAAAUUGCAAUUUACGUUUUAACCUUCAUUGGAUACAUUUACUCUGGAUAUGGAUCAAGUAUUUUGGGAAAUUUGCGAGAUGCCGUUAUUUCGGCUGAAUAUACUUUCAACAGCGUCUUUUCAAAUGUUGCAAAUAUUGCCAAGAAAUUCCAAACUUUCACUGAUAUGUUCGAUUCAGCUGUAGAAGAAGAAUGCAUUUUCAAGUGUCCUAAUGGUAAAAACGGCCUUAUUUAUGCAAGUCAUUCUUGUAAAGAAUUUUUAUCUUCAGAUGCUUCUCCUAGACCUGAUCGAAAUCAUGUACCUCAAGCUAACGGAUGUGGAUCUUUGGGAUUGUCCAUCCCUGCAGAGUAUCUUCCUGUUAGUGAAAUGACAAAAUGCUGUAAUAGUCAUGAUAUUUGCUACGAUACUUGCAAUAAACAAAAGGAAUUAUGUGAUUUAGAAUUUAAGAGAUGUCUGUACAAAUAUUGUGAAAGUUAUACACACACUAUUGGUGGAAUUUCAACAGUGAAAGCAUGCAAAGGGGCAGCUAAAAUGUUGUACACAGGAACUCUAACAUUCGGAUGUAAGUCUUAUUUAGAUGCUCAAAAAAAGGCUUGCUUUUGUCCUGCACCUUAUGGUUGGAAAGAAGGAAAAAAACGUAAAUAUCAAACAGGAGAAGAAUUGUAAUAUAAAUAAAUACUUAAUUUUUUUGGUGAAAUAUAUUUUUUGGAUUUUUUUUUUA